AUGCUGGCUCUUCGUGACCAGGAAAACCUGGUGAAUACUCAUCAGACCGUUGCUGCCAACAAACCCUUGAACCAGGGAUUGAAGCAGCUAGCUCCGAAAACCCCAGGUCGAAAGGUACGCCUCAAUGACGAAAACAAUACCAUCGCGUUCGGAAAGCAGACUGUGAAGGGCAAUGGAAAUCGAUUGGAGAUUGGAAAACCUGGCAAGGAGGCAUUCGUGACCCCAAUGGAAACGAAAAGCCGUGCUCCCUUGGGUAACAAGACAACCAACCUUAAGGCCAAGGGACUCCAAACUCCAGGACCGUUUGAAGGAACCUUGAAACCGGAAAAAACCAACCGGAAAGCAUCGACCCAAAAGAUCAAGAAGGCCUCCCCCGUGACGCAACAAUCCCAGACGAAGGUUCAUGUUGAUGUUCCUCAAGAUGAUGUGCCGGACAUCGAGUACAUGCCGCCCAAGCCCAGAGCUCUUCCGGAUCUUCCUGACGAUAUCGCGUAUGACACUACCUACCCUCAAUUCAGGCCUCGAAACCGCGCCCUUGGCUUGGAGCGCAUCUAUGGAAGACAGGAGGUGGAUAAAGAUGGCUUGACGAAGAAGCAGCGCAAGUUCCAGGAGGAUUCUCUCAAGCUUGACCAGAUGGUUAAUGAUAUGAUCAUGAAACAACUCGACAGCGUUAGCUUCGAGGAGCCUAGCGAGAAUGAGAUCAUCAAUGUACCGGUUCGGGCAUUACAGACGCCAACUACCAGAUCGCGAGCCGCAUCCCCCAGCUCUAGACCCGCCCGGAACAUCUCUACUAUUCGAUCUCGUGAGGCAGCGGCAGCCCUAUCUGCGCCCAAGACUCGAUCUGCCCCAAUUAGAGUUGCAUCGGCAGCCAAGCCAAGUAUGGCGUCAACUUUACUGAUGCCCAAAAAGAAGACCAGAGUUCCAUCCAACCCGUCAUCUAUGCGCCAGACUGCAGCGGCGGCGACCUCCAAUACCACUCUUGGUUACUCAAAGGGACGGACUAUUUCCUCCACCUUGCGUGAAGCAACGGCAUCGGAGCGAAGCGCAGCGACUCUCUCUCCUGAAACCUAUCUGCAGCUUUAUGGGAUCCCGCCUUUGGGAUCUGAGAUGUGGAGUCGGUGCAAGGCUGCCGGUUGCUUUGACACAGAAGAGAACCCUGGACAAGAACUUGAUGAGUGCCUCCCUACCUUUACGGAGGAUGAAGAGGCAGACAACUUCCAACUCACCCUGUAA